ACAGAUCGUUGCGUGUGGACGGGCCUUAAGAAUUCUUACCUCCAUGCUGUAUUCUCUUCGUGCGUUAUGAAACGCCUUCGGUUAUCUAAACAGAGCUUUGCUUUAUGUGUUUACGUCACAGAAGUGUGUUGUGACAUGUGAGUAUUGGGAGAAAAGGAGUGUGAUGAGUGGAGUGAGGUUAUGCCGUGCAGAAACAGUGAUGACUGCUACUGACAUAGUAAUUGUAAAUGACAACGAAUCUUAAUCACAAUAUUUGUUGAGGAUGCCAUCGAAAUACCCAAUGAACAUAAAGACAAAUUCUAUUUUAGAUGACCCAAGUACAUGCAGAUUAGCGGCGUUUUAUGCGAGCUGCACAUCUGUGUAUUUUGUUAUUUUAGUAAGUGCAUUGUUCUUAACGAACUACGUUUAUUCCAUAGGAAAACUAACUUUUUAUCCUGUAAUAGGUUUAAUUGCGGUCCUUGAAUGCACGAAAUACGUCAUUGGCAUUUUCCAUGUUUCAAAAAAAGAUGUCUUUUCUGGUAGAUACGAAGACAAGUACUUUACUGGUCAGCGUAAAAAGCCAGUGACAAAAACAAGUCUGAAGGAAGUGUUCAACUGUAUUGUAAUUGUUACUGUUAUGCUUACAGUAUACUUUGCCAUAGCAAUCUUAUUUGGUGCUGAAUUGUUCAAUAAACAUGAAGAGACUUUUAUGUUUAGCUCAUUGCUAACGGUGUUGACAAUAUUUCCAUCUUGUCUGCACCUAGAGUCACAAGCAGCUGUGAAUUUAUUGUUUGGUGUUCAUCCAGCAGGUGACGCUGUUGGACAGCUUUUGCUAAGAAACUUACAGUUCACACUGCUUGGAGCUUGGCUUGGGGCAUUUGUUAUUCCAUUAGAUUGGGACCGGCCUUGGCAAGAAUGGCCAAUUCCUUGUUGUGUUGGAGCCUUACUAGGUUAUAUUACUGGCAAUAUCAUGAUGGUAUGUAGCCUGUUUCCAAAUAUUGCCAAGAAACUGCCUAAAUCAAACCGAAAGCUUCGUUAAGCUUUUACAACAAAGUGUUGCACCGUAAUUAUGAAUGUAGCAAACUCUGUCUGAUGACUCCUGGUUUAUUUUCUAUGUAUGAUGUAUCAAUUACUAUAUGCAUAGUCUAUUCGAAAGUAUUUUUGCAGUUAUGUACUUAUGUGUGUUGUAACAUAUUUACGUUAAUAUCAGAAAAAUGUCUUUACUGUAGUAAUUUAUUACUAAAAGUAAUACAGCAGAAGACUACAUAAAAUAAAAUACAUUGAAACCAGAAAGAGUAGGAAUU